UGUAAAAAUCUCCAAUAAAUCUUCCUGUCUCGAAAAUCUCAAAAUUGCGAUUUGCGCCCUCUAUCAGUUAAAAUCGCUCGCUGUCAGUAGAAGACAGGUUAGAAUUUUGUAAACAAAACAAAUCAAUUGUUAUUUGUUUACGAGAUCGUUUAUGAUAUAAAAAUAUUGUUAAUUCUAUUCAGGAAAUGUGCAUUCUCCUGUAAAUUAUCACGAAUCAUUAUUGACAGUUCAUAGCAUGUAAAUUUUGUCCAGGACAUAUUUGUCGCACCGCUUAAAUUUCAAUUUUUUGAAAGGUUUCGACGUUUCAUACGAAAAUUUUCGAAUGUGCUAAGCAAAAGCGAAAUGAGUUCGCGUCAAAGAUAUUUUACGAACCCGAAAGCCGAGAAUUACGAACAAAUCGAAAAUAUUAACGCAUCUGAAGAGCAAGUAAAGCAAUACAUCGGUAGACUUGUAUCUGACAUUGAAUCAAACAUAGCAGCAAAUGAAAGAAAUGCUGGUGAUGGAUUGUAUCUUGGUACAGCUGGUAUCUCAUAUAUGUUUUAUCAUUUAAGCCGUAUACCAGCACUAAGUUCAGAAAAGGAACUGUUUUUGACCAAAGCUUAUCAGUACUUAAAGCCAGCAUUGAAUUUGGUUGAGCAAUCACAACAAAACAAAAAAGAAUUGCCAUCAUUUAUACUUGGACCUUGUGGCGUUUUCGCUUUGGCUUCUGUAUUAUAUCAUGUAACAGGUGAUGAAGGUCAAAGCCAUAACUACAAGAACUUGUACCAUCAGAUAGCGGCAUAUUGUAAAAAUCCAAAUUUUCUUAAUUGUGGUUCUGAUGAGCUUUUUGUCGGCAGAGCAGGAUAUAUUAUGGGAUCUCUAUGGCUUUCCAAAGAAACAAAUACAGCUUUACCAAAAGAUGAUCUGUUUGAACUUUGCAAAACAAUGAUAAAAUCUGGUAGAGAUUAUUCCAUAAGACAUCAGAGUCCAUGUCCGUUAAUGUACUCUUACUAUCAGGUUGAAUAUCUAGGUGCUGCUCAUGGUCUAAGUACAAUUUUGCAAAGUAUUUUAUCUGUUCCUGGAUACCUUAAAGAAAAUCCUGGAGAUCAGGCUGAUAUUAAAAGAUCUGUCGACUAUCUGUUAAGUCUGCAAACUGAAGAAGGAAACUUUCCAGCAGCAACUGAUGAGAUCGGUUAUGAUGCCAAGUUGGUCCAUUGGUGUCAUGGUGCAGGAGGUAUAUUCUACCUUAUGGCUAAAGCCUAUCUCAUUUUCCAUGACCAAAAAUACUUAAAAUCAUGUGAGAAAAUGGCACACUUGAUAUGGAAGAAAGGCUUAUUGAAGAAAGGACCUGGAUUAUGCCAUGGGAUCGCUGGAAAUGGUUAUGUAUUCUUAAUAAUGUACAGGUUAACUGGAGAUAUCAAAUAUAAAUCCAUGGCUGUAUAUUUCUAUCAAUUUAUGAUCACCGAUACAUUUCAAACUAACGCGAGAACACCGGAUAAUCCUUAUAGUCUCUACGAGGGAACUGCAGGCACUGUUUGCUAUGUAGCGGAUUUACUUUGUCCAGAUCAAGCAGUUUUUCCUUUUUCUGAUGUAUUUUGAACUAUUUAUUUAUCGUUUUCACUCGAAUAA